CACUUACUUACAAGAGUGGCAGUUCUUACCAAACUGCUGUUAUUUUAGGGUACAAAUUUGCUCAUUGAAUACCUAGAAAAUCAUUUUUUUAUCUUUAUUUAAUUCAUUGAUAAGAGUCUCAAUUUACCAGAAAAUGAGAUGGAGCAAUCUUAGCAUAUUUGUUGCACUUCUGACCAUUAUUAUAUUGCAUUUCUAGCAUUAAGAUUUUCUUCUUUUAUUUUUCUUUCUCAGGGCAUGUCCAAUGAAUAUGUUCCCUCCAAACUGCUCCCUCCAAACUGUUUCUGGAGUUAAUAGACUAUAUUCUUAUCCAGAUGGAAGGCCUUUGCCAGAACAUGAGGAUUGAUAGUAGGGUUAGAUCCAAAUACGGCAUUUGCUAUGGUGAUAGCUCCUGGGUUCUGGCUGCUCAAGCCUGCAACAGAAACUGCACUAGUGAGGCCAAUGUUGAACUGGAAGUGAAUGAGUCCGAUCAGGAACACAAAGAUGUCUCCAGGGCAAAGGACUUUGGUUAUGAGUUGAUUAUCAGGGUUAGACGUGGCAAAGCCCACAGCAAGUGUUCCUUCAAGGACAACCAGAAUCUAAGUAGCUGGAGGGUGAAUGUGAGGCGGGUUUAAGCCACUAUUUGGUGCGUAAUCAAUGUGGGCCAUUGAUAUUCCGAGCGUGUUGAGUCCCGUAAUACAGUUAGCAUUCAAGAGAGUGACAUUUGAACCCAAUCUUUUCAAUGUGUUCUAGGAAUGUUGUGCCCCGUGAUUGAGAAAUCGUUUGCUGCUGCCAGCUUUGGGUCCUUGCAGAACUUCCCAUUGAUAAACACUGGGUCAGGGAAGACACAUAACAUUAGUAGUGAUUAGUUAUUUACUAGAACGCAAAGGUAGAUUCCAUGAACCUUUGAAGAAGCUAUAUAUAUACCUCCGUUGCUGGGUUUAUUUAUUGCCACACAGAAGUAACUGAAUGGGGCUAGGGUCAUGUGCAGACUGCAGAGGCAGGGAGGAAGACAGAGCCAGAAGAGCAACGACAGAGAGAAGAAAACUGUAAGCACUCAUCGUUGUCAUAUGCUAUGCCAUCUAACAAUCCUAUAUCUUUUGCCUAAUUAUGAUCUGUUUUGGCUAACCACUUUGAUAUGCAAUGUGAGGUGAGAGUUCUUGUAUAAUUUGCUUGGCUAACUCGUCGAAAGGGAACCUCCUUGAAACAAUUCACGUUUCUGCAAUAAACUUGAAGGAUCCAAUUAGUAGUGGGGACUGUCGGGUUGAAUAUUUUAUGAUAGAGUAACCUAAAUUGUUUGCUUGACUUGAUGGAUUUGGUGAAGGAUUUGAGUCCAUGAUAGACUUUGUCCAAAAUUCAUUGUUUGCUUCAAGUAUUUAGAGUUAACAAAUCUGUAGGGACACAUGGACUUUGAGGGUCCAAAUAUGUGGGCCCCACAGACAUGAUAAUCCCACAUCUUUAAGUGGGAAUGGAUCAUGGACUUUGAAAUUCAUCAUUUUUUACCAACUUACCCCUCAUAUUUUCUUUCACUUCUUAUAUCAUUAAGGGCAAUAAAGGUAAAUUUCACUUCAUACACACAAAUUUAAAUAACAAAAUCCAUAAUGAAAUCCAUGAAACAAACAAUGGUGUUUUCAAAUCCAUAAUGAAUCCAAAACCCUCAUAUAUCCAUGGGUUUUCAAAACCCAAGUUAUACGAAAACCUUAUUCAAUUUGGAGCAUAUGAAGAAAGCUUUCUUUCUGAUCUUAUUCAAUUUCUAGUGUCAGAGAAGGAUCACUCCUAAAAACAACUCUUCUCUUAUUUUUCCAAGCCGCCAUUCUUUGUUUGCAUUGAGUUACUGGAAUCUCCAAUCUUGAAGCUGAUUACGCUUGCCUCAGAUGGAUUAGGCGGGGACGAGAUUCGAACCUGCAAUUGAUAGGGCAACGACGUAAUGCCUCGAUUCCUAUCUAUAUAUUUAAGUUAUGAUAGAAGGUUUUUCCGGACGAUCAGACCGUUGGUGCAAUACGGUGCGGUACGAUUACACAAACACGGUCUUUUUUAUCCCAAUCCUUUUUCUUCUUCAUUUCCUCCUAUUUUGUUUUUAGACUAAUUUUUAUUUGAUUUUUUUUUCAAUGAAUCUUUUUAAAGGUUGUUCCAAAUAUGCUAAUUGCAAACAAAACAUAAUUUUGCUUUACUUCAUCAUUAAUGAAUAAUACUUGGUGUGAUGAAUUUAGUCUUCAUAAGAAAUAGACACGUCAUUUGGUAUAAUUACUUAAAUUUUAUAUAUUUAGAACCAACACUGAUUCAUGUACAAGUAUAAGGUAACAAAUUUGAUAUUUUUAAUUGACAAAUAUGAGCAUAAAUUCGUACAAUCAAACUUUCUAAACGUCCUUAGAAGAUGAGUACAAAUUAGAGAGAAUGAACAAAUAUGUGUGUAUGAAAAUGUUAGUAGAAUUUUCAAAUUAUGACAUGUAUUAUAGGAAAAAGACUUUACCCUUUAGUCUGAGAGGAAGAAGGCUACUCGCAUAAGCAAAGUACAAUACUUAAUAUUCCACAAAUAGUAAUAGACUUCAUUUUCCUCAUCGUUGAAAAAGGAUGAACGUGUACAUAUGAUAGACUUAAUCGCAAGCUAAUAAUAAUUAAUUAAAAAUUGAAUGUAGAAGUAUGUAUUAUAUUUAUUAAAUACUAAAAUCAUUGAUUAAUGUCAACUGCUUAGUUGAGGAAUUAAAGUUAGUUACAUUCUCACAAACCUAUAUUAGGAGACCACAUAUAUGUUAUGAAAUAAAUUGUGAAAGCAUCAUUAACCUGAACCGGCGGUUUUAUAAAAAAAAAACUCAUAUCGGAGGCUAAUCCGGUAGGCAAUAUUUAGCGAUAUGAAAUUAUUGAAUUGAAGUUUCAACAUUAAAAUACUAUACCAUUAAAUUUUCGUGUAUAACCUCCAGUACAAUUUUACAAUUUUUAUCUAAAAGACUUACAAUAAUUUAAAUAUAAUAUGAAUUAUCUUAUCUUGGUCGGGGCAUAACUAGUGGGUCAGUGAGAAGCUAAACAUAAUAUUUGGUUGAGCUGUCAACUGUGUGUGGAAAUGGGUUAAGUAUUUUCUUAAAAAUUUAAGGAAAUUUGAAGCCCACUUUUGAUAAUCCAAAAAGUCCAACUAGUGCUCAAUUACCCAUUUACGUAUGAUACGCGCAGGUCGACUUGGUCAACGUCAUUUCGUUGAAACGCUUCCAAUUUGUAUACGUAUUACUUACGCUACACGGGUAGGCACAUGAAUAACCGACUCCCCAACGUUGUAAUAACCGACUCACCAUCUCUAUAUAUAUGUAGCAGCCGAAGUGGCUUUUAGAACCUUUUUAUUUUUUUUAUUUUUUUUUAUUGGCUUUUAGAACCUCUCUUGUCUAUGCAGAGAUCCCUAUUAUUUAGAGGCGCUUCCCAAAUGAGAUAAAUCCACAAAUGGCGGCCGACGGCGGGUUUCUUUCAUUGGGAUAGUUUUUAGCGGCUAGUAGAGAGUAGUGGUGUCUCUCUUAGACUGGGUCUCCGCUUGAUUGGUGUUGGCGUUUGCGGCAGAUGUCCCAUGGUGGGUUUGCAAGAUUUUCGAGGGGUUUAUCAGUAUGGGAAUCGUCACAUUAGUCUUCUUAUUGCGUGGGUAACAGACUCAAAAUCUUUGAUUUAGUUGCUUCGUGUUCCCUAAUUCUGACGGUUUCAAAUUACAAAGGUUGCUGCUACGUCUUUGUUCUUCUUAUGCAGAAGUUGCUAGGAAAGUGGGUAAUUGGUUGUGCAAUUCGCGUAUACUCGCUGUUGGUUGGUUUCUUCGGUAGUAGCAAAAUCGAUGGUUAGGGGUUUCCGUUUGAUCAUGCCAGUUAGGGUUUGGCUGUGGCCUUCACUUUGCGUUCCGCUGCGGGUGUAACUUUGUGAGUAUUGGAGAUGCAUUUACUACGAGAAGGUUAGAAGGCAGCCAAGUGCUUCUCGGCUAGAUCUAUUACAUGAGUUGGAUGGUCUAUUUCCGUCGCUAGGUGGAGAAAUCUUUUCUCCGGUAUGAUUCCUCAAGUCCCUUCUCUGUUGCCUAGAAAUUUUCAAUCCUGAUGGAAACUCGUAGAGUUGUGCCUUGAUUUGCCUAUCUAUACACUUGCUGUGAUAACAUGUGAAUUAGUAUCUUUUCGCUGAAGUAGACUAAUACCUGGUAUUGUUGUUGGUCUAUAAUUUCUGAUUAUGGUUAUUGGACUAUUUCUAUUGCAAUCUGGCGGCACCUAUGAAAUUUCUUCAUUUUAUCUCUGAAAUGUUUCAUUCAAUCAUUGGUCACCUCAUGUACCCAUUGUAAUUGGUGAUCCAAAAAUGAAUAUCUGUUGCCAUAUUGAUUUAGUUGAUGCGACCGUUUAGUCACUGCAGUUUCCCCUCUGCUCUAUCCUAUUAAGUGUGGAGUCCUAGAGGGGAACUCUCGAAUGGUUAAUAGAGAAAAUCAAGUAAAUACAUGGAUUGGUGGCCAUGUUUGAGAAAAGAAGUUGGUCCGGAAGUUGUGUCCCGUUGUUUCUACAAUCAUAAUUGUUUCUAAUCAUUCCAGUUGCCCCUCUGCUCUACCAUAUUAAGUGUGGAGUCCUAGAGGGGAACUCUGGAGUAACAGAGAAAACCAAGUAAAUACAUGGAUUGUUGGCUAUGUUUUUGGCUAUGUUUGAGAAAAGAAGUUGGUCCAAAACUUGUGUCCGUUGGUUUCUACUAUCAAAAUUGUCUCUAAUCUGUCCAGUUGCGUUAUGCACUAUCCUUACUUAGUGAUUGUCCCUACCAGAGUCCUAGAUGGUAACUCUGAAUGGAUUAAAAUACUUACUGAGAA